CAGUCACAGAGACACGACACAUUCCUCACUCGCUUUCCUCUCACUCUCUUCUCCCCAUGGCCUCACUCCAUUCCCCGCCCACCUGAUUCUCUCAGCCGUGAGCGCUGCUUGAUCUCGAGGUCACGCCAGAGCCUGGGUUCGCGGCUACGAUCUCCCUUCGCCGACCCUCGCACGGGAAAUCGAGGUUGCCAUCGCUCCGUCUCCAGGCCACAUGGUCGCUCGUUUCUUUGACUUUUCAUCAGCGCUGCCGGCCGAGCUUGAUUCUGCGGAUUCAGCCGGGAGGCACGCAGAAGAGCUUGCCCGGAUUGGGGAUGGAGGCAUCCAGGAUCAGCUGCUGGAAUAGCUUCAGGCAAGGAACCACAAAUUAUAGUGCUGAAGGUGGACGCGGCGGCGGCCGCCGCACCGCCCUAGGCAUCCUCUGCCGAGCGAUAGGAACGCUGCCGCCCGGCGGGCUGUCCGAUGAAAUGGCUCGCUGUCGCUUUCGCGCCCCGCGGGUACCCCUGCUCGGCCUACUUCGUCGACGAGUUGGACAGGGUUGCCAAGAGGUGUAUAAUUCUAGCGAUAGUGAUCUUCUAUGGCAUCUGGCUGCAGAAAUUGGGUGUUCCGUUACGCGCCGGAUUUUUAGUGUUUGCUCUGCAGGAUGUUAAAACUAUGCUAAUGAGUUUUUCAAGGUUUUCAAAAUUGACGAGGAUUUUGGGUGUGUGCGAGUUUAUAACCAAUCAGAGCAUAAAAAAGCGAUGGAGAACGAUGGUCUCUGUUGUACCUUCGGUGAAGGCGUUGAUAGAUGGAGUUCCGGCGCCGGCAAGUAUUCCCUGUGCGUAAGCCCGCAAGUAUUAGCUGAUUGGGCACCUGAGUUUCGAUGAAGUUAUAGAAGCGAGAUUGUAGGAUUUGUGGAUUGUCCGAAGGAAUCGAUUCGUUCUUAUGCAUCUCCAUGGGUGUGUGUUGUAGCAUUGUUCGUGUCGGUUCCAGUUGUCUGGCCGUGUCUGUUCCGUAAUUGACCUGACCGUCUGUUUUAGUCCACCUGACCAUCUGGUUGGGCCGUCUGACUGACUGGGCUCGUUUAUUUGACCGUCUAAUGAUUUUGAUUUUGAUUGGGCCGACGUA